AUGGAUCCAGUAAGCAUCGAGAAGGGCACUUGUGCUGGCGAACGGCAGAGCAAAGACGGUACGCGGAGGAAACGUACCGUCGGAAUCUUUGCAUUACUCGUGGCGGUGAUUCUAUAUGUGUGCUCCCGAGACACACCACUAGCAGCAGUGACGUGGGGUUCAACGUACAAUCUGGAAAAUGGCGAUCAAACGACGUUUCUGCAGAUUUGCGCUUGGAGGAUGCUUUUAGGCAGCAGCGGCAGCGGCGAGAGUGCUGCUGGUGGUGGUGUUUUUGAAAAAAGAGACAGCGAGGAAACCGAGGAGCCCCAACGGGAUGACUCCGAAACUGCCACUAAGGAGGACAAAUCUGAAGCUACCGAAAGCGUAGAUGAGAAAGACGCCCAGGAGACCGGGUCUCAAGUUUCCUCCACAUCCGAUUCUGAAACAAACGAAACGGAAGAGUCUAAACCAAAACCGGUGUAUGAUCUUCCCGGGGUCCGGUUUGUUUUUGCGUUGUUUGGUUUGAUCCUUCUCAAUAUGCUUGCCAUUUGCGUGCACCAUGUAUAUCAAAAGAUUACAAGGUCCCAAAAGCUAUAUAGAAACUUUGAAGAUGAGAAAUCUCCGUUUUGA